AUGGGACGAGGAGGCUAUAGACGAGGUCGAUAUCAAGGUAGGCGCUAUCCACGUCCUCCUCCUGAGACUGAAUACGAGGAGACCGAUGAUAAUGGGCAGGGUUUCGACGAUAGCUAUGGGGCCCCCUUCGGAUCAAAAUAUGCUGGUUUUAAUCCUAAGUAUCACCCUAAUACGCGAAAGCCACAUCCCUUCCAAAAGCAGCCCCCACAAACAAAUCCUUUUCAACAACCCUUCACACAUACUCAUAACAAUAAACACCAGAAUGAACAGCAGAAAUCGGGACAGCAGCCCCAAGAAGAGGGGGUCCAUCAUUAUCACCACCACAAUCACUACUAUCACCAUCCAGACGGCGUCUCACCCCUCCCGACGCAAACCGCAACGGGGACAAAUAACGACAUAAUGAUGACUGACUUCAGCGCGAUACAAGUCCUUGAGGGGCGCCUCUCUAGUCUCGGGAGCGAAGUAAUAAACUUUCUACAUGUCAUGGCGAGCCAGAAUGACCAAACGAAACAAUUUGUCGAUAGCUUCGUUGACUACAUGAAACAGUCGAGCCCCGAUUCCGAGCUUGGUAAAGUUCUAAUUGGUAAUUCCCCUCAGCAAAACGGACCGCAAGCUGCUAUUGUUCCUCCUGCCGCUCCAUCUAAUACUACCACUGUCGCCCCUUCUGUUGCUUCUUCUGUCACUCCAUCUACCACUCUAUCUGUCACUCCAUCUACCACACUAGCUAGCUCGAAGACCGGAUCUGAUACAUCCACCGCUGGCCAACAGACGUUUGGGAAAAAGAGAACUUCGCGUAGUUCGGUUGACUCGAAUGAUGGUAGAAACAUGACCCCGAUAGUUAAGAAAGCUACUCGCUUUUUGGAUCCUGGACAGUAG